AUGAUUGAUUAUGGUUCACCAUUCUAUUGUUGUUCCCGAUCCUCUUCUUCCCUUAAGGUACUUUUCUUACUACUGCUACUUACUUCCUAUCCCAUUUCUGCACACUCUCUUCUUCCCCCCUCAGUCCAGCUAUCGGACGUGAUAGAUUCGGGUUCCCCCGCUCCCCCUCAACCCAAACAAGCACCAAGAGGAGAAACAAUUCCUCAUUUCCCGUCGUACUCGGAACAUUCCUAGUUUCCCCGUGGUUCCCUCCCCCUCAUAAACCCUUUCUUUAGGCAGAAACCACAUCCCCCAAUUCAUUCCAGAACACCCACUGCACCGCCGAGCCGCAACUGCCUCGGAGGCGGUUGCCGUGUGUCGCCCACCUUUUUCUGGAAGGCUGAUUGCGGCAGCGUUUGUUAUUUGCCCAACGCAGUGCUACCUGACCCGCAACGACGGAUCUCUCUCAUCGGGAAGAGUGACCAAGGCUUUGCAAGGGCCUAGAUCAUGCCGGCAUUGGUGCUGCCACUGGAGAAAGUCUUGAGUUAA